AUGUCGUUGAGAAACGUCGCCCGGAAGCUGCUGCUGUCCCGUUCGCGGAUCUUCGGCCCCGGUCUCGCUCCGCCGUCGCCACAACAGCAGCCUCGCCGGUCCGUCGGCGCGUACGAAAACGACGGCAAGACGUACGUGUCCAUGUUGAACAACAACAACAUCCGGGACGGCAUCAUGAUUUCCGCUUAUAGCCAGUACGGCUUCCGGUUGAAUAACGGGUUCGUGGUGCUCGGGCCGGUCGUGUGCUUCGCCAACUCGAUAAUGGCCUGGCGCGUGAACGACGACCGGGACGUGGGCGUCGACUCGCUGUCGAUGCUGUUCCACCUGGAACCCGCGCCCGCCGUCAUCGUGCUGGGCCUGGGCGACGGGCCGCAGCGGAACCGCCGCGACGACAAUCACCGCCAGCUGCACCACCUGAACCGGCGACAGUUGGACAAGGUGGUGUGGGCCGCAGCCCGGCAGUACGGGUGCACGGUCGAGGUGCUGCCGGUGGACGCGGCCCUGGCCACGUACAACUUCAUCAUCAGCGAGGGCCGGCACGCGGCCGGUCUGUUCAUACCACCGCGGUUCAUACCGGCGUUGGACGACGACGCGACCACGGCCCACGCGCGCCACAUCCACCUGUACGGCGAGAGCAUGCCGGUCACCGACGUGUGGUUGGACGCGGAAGAGCGCAGCGAGCUGAUCAACGCCAACUACCGGGAGUUCGGUGAAGUGGUGGGUGCGCAGAACGCGGCCGACCACGAGAUGCGGGCGAAAUUGGCCGGGGACCGGAAGCCCGCCGAGGACCCCGAGAAGAAGAUCCGGUGA